GACAGCAGGAAACAACAACACACACACACAAGAUGGUGCUAAGCGAAGGACAGCUGGCACUGUGCACAGUGUUCACCCUAUGGUUGGGUGGUCUGCCUUUGAUGUACUCGCCGGCGCCCCGCGGUGACUGUGAUAAUUGCUGCCCCAUCCGGGAGCCGAAGGAUAUACAGUUCUUUCUCUUCACACGCCAAAACCCCGACACCGGUGACACCCUGUUCGUGUCGGACAAGAAGCACCUCCGGGCGUCCCACCUGAACCGCACCAAUCCGCUCGUCAUCUAUCUGCACGGCUUUUCCGAGCGGGCGCCGGGCGGGGCGGGCGAAAGCAGCAAACAGAUGAAGGAUGCGCUGCUCGCCGCCGACGACUACAAUGUGGUGCUGGUCGACUGGAGCCCCCUCACCGCGCUGCCCUGGUACGUGAACUCGGUGCAGAAUGGGCCGCGCGUCGGUCGCUACAUUGCACGGUUCGUGCGGUUUCUGGUGCUGUCCGAGUUUCCGCUCGAGAAGAUCCACCUGAUCGGGUUCAGCCUCGGCGCGGAGGUGGCUGGGUUCGCUGGCAAAACGCUGAACGAGUGGGGCCUUAAGCUGCCCCGCAUUACCGGUUUAGAUCCGGCCUUCCCGCUGUACGUGUUUGAGCGUGCCUCCCAGCGUCUCAGCCCGAAGGAUGCGGAGUUCGUCGACGUCAUCCACACGGACGGCGGCCUGCUAGGCUAUCCGUGGCCGCUCGGGCACGUCGACUUCUACCCGAACGGUGGCGUCCCGCUGCAGCCGGGCUGCGCCCAACAGGAGCUGGCCAAAAACCGUUGGCUGGGUGUAUUUAUUGGCUGUAGCCAUGCCCGGGCCUGGCAGUACUUUGCCGAAUCACUCACCCGCCCGCAAGGCUUCCUCUGCGAACGGUGCGAACCGACCGACGCGCCGGCCUCCGGUGCAGCGAGCCGCUCGACCCGAGACACCAACAACUGCACCAUGACGCGGGAAGUGUUUAUGGGCAUGUACACGGAUCGGACGCUGCGCGGUAAGUUCUACCUCAGCACCAACCCGCAGCCACCGUUCGGGAAGAAUCUGAUGCCGCACGAACAGCAGCAAAAGCAACAGCAACUGCCGGUGCAGCGAAAAUCCUAAAAUGCCAAAAUGCUGCGCCCAGCUUCCA